AUGGAUGUACUAGUAAAUAGCAGAGAAACACUGUGUAGUGUUGAAUUUAAUAUAAAUGGAGGUAAUAAAUUGGAGAAUACAAGCAAUAAUAAUCUGUUCAAGUCAGUGACAUAUAGAGUGAAAGGUUUUUUAUUCUCUUUUUCAGAAAUUAGUUCAAGUGAACUUAAAGAAAAUAAUUCAAGCUUUUAUGAAAUUGAAGAAGGAAAUAUAGAACCUUUAUUGUACAAAAUCUCAAAAUUUAAUUACAACCUUAAUAUAUAUACAAACUUUAAAUUCAUUUAUCUUUUGGAAAUAGAUGACUUGAUGAAUUUUACAAAAAGUUAUGGAGAAUCCCAAUCGUACUAUAGGUCCCACAAAUUUGGAGUAAUAGAAAGAAGUAAAGUUAUAAACUGGUUGAGUACAUAUUGUGAUCGAUUGAAUUUUCAAUCUUGUACAUUUCAUCUAUCAUGUAGUAUACUUAACAAAUAUUUGAUAAAGACAAAAAGAUGUCUAGAUAAUUCAUCUUUAGUAGAAUGUACUUCAGCAUCACUUCUACUUGCAUCAAAUGUUAUAGAAACAAUAAGUGAUGGAAUAGUCCCAUCUUUGAAACAAUUCUCUGAUGCAGCAAAGUGGUUACACCGUUCUACAAUAGUUGAGAAGCAGAUUGAUAUUUUAACAACAAUAACUGAUAGCUUUAAUAUUACGGAGACUCCUUUACAAAUGUUUAUUUUAUAUAUUUCGAAAAUCUACCAUCACGAAGAACUGAAGUAUAUAUUUUCUUAUACACUUAAUUACAAAUAUAUUAAGAAUAUAAUUAAAUGGUGUCUACUAAUAUGUGACUAUUUGGUAUUUACUGAAAUACCUACUAACAACCUUGGCCAGGAUCUUUUACCUUUACUACCAGCAUUUAUUCUAUGGAUAGGUAUUAACAGGGAUAGAUCUGUUUUUUAUAAAGAAUAUUCUUCAGAAAAACUAGAAAAAUUAUAUUUUAAAGAUGUAUGCUCUUAUGAGAAAUUAGACAGUCAUUUAAUCCAGCAUAUAUGUAAAUUAUUAAAUAAGGUUGCAAAUCAAGUGUCAAAAUAUUGGCUUAAAAGAUCUAAAUAUUUGAAUUUAAUUAAGGAAGAUGCAAUAAAUAACUUUAGUAUAAAACAUAGUUAUAUCUCAUUUGAACUAAUUGGAAAUGCUUAA